AUGGAGAACCAUUUUCCAAACUGGGACUAUCACACUAGUUCCAUCAUUGAAGGUCUUGUCUUAGUUAUGUGGAGAAGAUUGUUUGUUAAAACCAUUAUUUUAGAGGAAUCCUCUCAAGCAGUUCAUUGUCAGGUGAAGAUGUUGGGUUUGCAGCAGGAAUUUGGGGUCACAUUUGUUUAUGGUCUUAAUUCGAUUGAGGGUAGGAGGUGUCUUUGGGAAGGGUUACAGAGACCUUAUCACAUGCCUAAAGCCUGGAUUUAUCUUGGUGAUUUUAAUGCCCCUCUUUCAGGUAAGGACAGAGUUGGAGGCAAGGUUGUUUCAGACUCAGAAUUACAUGACCCUUUAAAUUGGUCGGCAGGUGCUCAGGUUGAACCUCUUCGGGGUAUUGGCUCUUAUUUCACAUGGUCUAAUAACCAAGAGGGUGCCGCAAGGAUAUAUUCAAAAAUUGACCAUGUUUUGAGCAAUGAAAAGUGGCUGGAUCUGUUCUCUAAAUCUACAGCAAUUUAUAGAUGGGAAGGCAUCUCUGAUCACUAUUCUUGUCUGGUUAGUUUUCAAAAUUCUGAGCAGUUGGGUUCCAAAAAUUUUCACUAUUACAACUACUGGGCAGAGCACAAGGAUUUCAAUGAUUUGGUUUUAAAAAGCUGGAGAGGCCCAAUUACAGCUUAUGGUAUGAAUGCAAUUUUUCUUAAGUUGUUGAGGCUUAAGCACUGUCUAAAAAAAUUUAAUAAGGACCGAAUAGGAGAUUUACAAGCUAAUUAUCAUAAGGCCAAGGAUGCUUAUCAAGUUGCUCAGUUGCAAGCUCAAGCUCACCCCCUUGAUUCUUGCUAUCAAGAGGCUGAGAGGACUGCAGCAGGGGAGUUUUCUGUUCAGGAGAGUCCAAGUUCAGCUUCAGGCAGGGUUAAUUUGCAGCAUAUUGACUUAGGUCUGAAGCUUUCAGUUGAGCAGCAAGCUUCGCUUUUGAGACCUUUCUCUAAGAAGGAAAUUCAGGAGGCUUUAUUUAGUAUUCCUAAUACUAAAUCCCCAGGUCCUGAUGGGUAUGGUUCUGGCUUCUUUAAAGCUGUCUGGAGUAAGAUAGGUGAGGAGGUUUGCUCGGCUAUCUCUUACUGUUUUGAAUCUGGCAAUUUCCCUUCUAAGCUUCAUGAAACAACCAUUUCUUUGAUUCCUAAGAUUGCUAAUCCUUCUAGGGCUGUCGACUAUAGGCCAAUAGCUUGUUGUUCCACACUGUAUAAAUACAUGGCUAAGUUGAUUUGA